AUGUUCUUUCAUUUCUUUGGCGUUUCUAUCCUCUUGGUCAUCUUCGCCACCGUUGGUACCGAUGCCACAAAGGCGUUUGAUAGGCGCACUUUGGAUGACAAAGAGGUAGAUGAUUUCCUGGCCAACGAUGCAAGAGCAGAACAAAGGGAACUCGAAGAAGGCAGCGGCGGUCUAUUUGAAGCUUGUAAUGAUGAUAAACCAUGCCAGGAAGAGGGUUUGACCUGCGUGAGAUGGGUCACCCGAAAGAGAUGUGUGCCCAUCAAUUGCUUGAAAGAGGAAUUACUAAACUUUCAAAACAGCUUCGACAGAGAAACCUACUUUCAAAGAGUUUCAGCAGCUGCUGGAGUUGACAAUUCGAAUGGCUUGUUUCAGUGGCUUGGAGGUGGUGGAAUUCCAAUGGGAAUUCGACCCUCUGGCAGAAAGGAGGCUUUCUUCAAUGCCCUGGAAAACAACCCAGAAUUUCUAAAUGGCGUUUCUUCCAUUGGCCGAAAAUGCUUCUUUGGUGAUGCCAAUGCUACCUCAACAACUUCUGAUAGCAAGCAAACAUCACUAUCAUGGACUGGUUACACCCUCGAAGGAGGCCUCAUCCUUCCUGACUUUGCCUGGUCGACUUACAGUGCUGCAAGCGGCUUCGAUGGACGUGAUGGGGAUGGAGCACGCGAAUUUAAUCGCUAUUGUGUUGGAGUUGAGCCGGGUGCAGGCCUUUUCACUGGAAUUAUAGGUGCCUUUGGAUGGACGCCUGUGACUGGAUCGCCAGAAGACCUUCUGGCAUGUGGGUACUUGAUGGCUGACUUGGAUUUGGGAUUUCUAGUUGGUGCUGGAGUUGCCGCUGGGGUUACCUUCAAUGGUAUCGUCUUUUUUGAAUAUGAAUUAUCCUCCAGUCUCUUGGCCAUUGGUGGUGGUGCAGGUGUAGCAGUUUGUGGGGCAGCCUGA